AUCUGAACUUUACUUUGCGCGAACUCUCACCGACGCCACACGAAAGAUGGAUGACCACGGUGAAGCCAACAGAGAAGCUGUCAGGCUAUGGCGUGUAUGGAAGACUGCGCGUCAGAUGUGCCAGGACAGGGGCUACGAGAUUCUUGACGAAGAAAUCAAUGUAUCCUUCCAAGAUUGGGCGCAAGGUGGCCCCGGACGACCUGCAUAUGUUGAUCCCUCGACCGGCGCACCACUACGUGAUCUCAUGACCUUCAGCCUCAACCCCACAUUGGCUAUGGAACAAAAGCUUACGGAGCCCAAGUCUGCGCGUAAUCCUAACCCCAAGCCUGCGUGCGGUCAGGUUGUGGUGAUGUUUAAUGGCGAACCCAACCUUGGUGUUAAACCUAUCAAGAACUUCAUUCAAGAAGUUGUGAACAAGCGCGGCGCAUUCACAGGAAUUCUCAUUACCGCCGCACCUCCUACCCCGACAAGUAUGAAACUCACUCAAGCUCUUGACCCGAAGGAAAACGUUGUGGAAAUCUUCCAAGAGAGCGAGCUAGUGGUUAACAUCACGCUACAUGAACUCGUACCCAAACACAUCCUCCUAAGUUAUGAAGAGAAGGCAGAACUGCUCAAGAGAUAUCGCUUAAAAGAGAGUCAGUUGCCGAGGAUUCAGAAAACGGAUCCUGUAGCCAAGUAUUUGGGGUUGAGACGAGGGCAGGUCGUAAAAAUUAUCAGAAAGUCAGAGACAGCAGGCAGAUAUGCUUCGUACAGAUGGUGCAUUUAGACGUUUCUGAAAGAUGAGUCUAUUAACACCAGGUUUCUCAGCAUAUCAUUUGUUCCAGAUCCACAGCCUGAUUGUCGAGCAUCACGGCCUGUUCGGAACGUCUUUGAUUAGUAUCUUUAGCGUUUUGAUUAUCUCCAGUGCAUGGGCGGCGUAGGUUGAUCAAAAUGAAUGAUAAUCACAUUUAGUUCUUUCAAUGAUGACCCAGCACAUAUAAUGCAUUCGAAUUUUUGUACGAGAUUUUGUUCUACACAGGAAAGGAAUGUACCUGUCAAGAUAUUGUUGUUAAGAGAUUUCUUCGCUAUGCACACGUUAUUAUGUGUUGCACCCAAGACUGACCUGUAACAUAAUACGACCUUAUGUGAAACACGAAACCCCAGAUUGGUUGUGGCUGAUAAGCACUGACAGCUCACUCCAUAUCUAGCCUCGUGUACGAAAGCUGGCCUAAACAUUGAUCACUCUUGGAAGUUCAUUUCAACAUCACUAUUUGAAAGCGCACUGUCU